UAAAAUUUAAUUGCAACCCUGCAUCUAAAAGCGCGUCGUCUUCGCGUUCUAGUUGUAUUUAUUGUUGAGUUUUUAUAGUUUUGUAACUAAUAUAAGUGAGAGUGCGCUCAGUAUUAGUUUAUAGAAUGUACAACUCGUGUUGCCUUUCGAACUAAAUGCCCAAAGUAUGACGUCCAUUGAUAGCGUGCGCGUGCUACUUCAGUCUCUGCCAGCAGCAUCGCCUGGUGCUGCCAACAACAACAACAACAACACGCUGCAAAAUGAGUCGACGCCGGCAAAACUGGGCGCUGCGGGAACCCCUUUGCGCGCGAGAAAUAUACAGCAACAACAGCUACAAGCACAACAACAAUCGAUAUUUGGAACGCCCGAAAAGUUACAAGCUGCAGAAGCACCUAGAGAUGGAGAACAGCAGCUGAGUGCUCCGGACGAAUUCUGGCGUGAUUUGCAUCAGUUCCAUGAGCGGCGCGGCACCCCACUGACUCAGGCGGCCAAGAUCAGUGGCCAACAUGUGGAUUUAUAUCGACUGUAUCAGGAGGUCACGGAACGCGGUGGUUUCAAUAAGGUCAACAUGCGCGACGAAUGGGAUGAGGUGUACAGCGCGCUGGAUACGCUGCGGGACCGUUGUGUGAACGGCACCGCUGGCAUCAAGCAUAUCUAUCGUCGCUAUCUGGACAAAUACGAGCGCCUCAACUUUCUGGGCGAGGAUCCGGACAAGCUGGAAGCUUUGGAGGCGGCCAUCGAGUGUGUGGAACUGGGCACCAGCGCCAGUCGAGUGCGCUCCCGCGCCUUAGCCGGAGGGGCCAUUGGCGGUGUAGGGGGCAGCUUGACAGGCGGUGGCCUGGGAAGCAUCUUUGGCAUGGGCCACUCCACGCUAACGGCCGUGCCCAUGGCGUAUAACCAGCGGCAGCAUAUGGUGAAUGCGGAUCGGCGUCGCCAGUACAAAAUGUCCACACAGUUGCAUAAGCACAGCAGCUACGAGAAGCUGCUGCUGUCGCUCAUAUCGCCGCUGCCCAACGAGCAAGACUUUGCCAUCAACGUGUGCACUCUGAUGGCUAACGAGCCACGCUCCACUCUGCAGCUGACCGAGUGCCCCAAGCUUCUGGACGUCCUGCUCGCUCACCUGGGUGUCUAUGCGGACUACAGCAUGCGCCAGCUCUUCCAGCACGGCCACAAUAAUAGGGGUACGCUGGUGCGGAAGCAUUCUAAGCUUAAUUUCUGGCGGGAUUUGCUGUUCGACAAGCCUCAAAUACUAGACCUCUAUACGGAUGAGCAGGCCUGGCGGGACAACGGUUUGAUCAGCAAGGACAGCAAUCCGUUCGACGACUCUCUGUUCCAGUCCGAUGAGCUCGACUUCGAGCUGGACUUUCUAAAUUUGCGCCGCAGCCACGGAACAGAGGAACGCAUUGGCCAGCGCGUGCUGCAAAUUGUGCAGCUGUUGAGGAGCUUGAGCUUCCAUCAGGAGAACGUCACGCUGCUUGCGUCCAAUCGCACGCUUUGGCGAUAUCUGGUCAUGGGCGCCAAUGUGCGGUGGAGCAACAUCCACAUUCAGGCCUUGGAGACGGCUGGGAAUCUGGCGCAGCAGUUCGAAUUACUCGAUCCCGCCACAGACGAGCUGUCGCGGAAUUUGCUGGCCACGCUGUGCGAGGGCAUCGAGUCCAAUGACCGUGCCGUGAUAAUCAGCUGUCUGGAGAUCCUCUACAAGCUGUGCGGGCGCGAGGGCAAUGCACAGCACAUAAAUCGCUGUCUCGGGCUGGACUUCUAUCAUCGUGUGAUGCUGCUGCUGUCGCUGACGGACGUUAUGCUGCUCAUCUUCACCCUGGAGGCGAUUUACGCGCUGAGCACGUUGGGCGCACGUCCAUGCUCCAUGCUGAUGCAGGUGCGUGGGCUGCUGGAUCAGUUGGUAUCUCUGCUAACUGUUGAAGCGCAGUCGUACGGCGCUGCGGGCUGCAUAUUGAUGCGAGUGGUUGAGGUGGUGCCGGGCAACAUAUUGUCUACAAUGUCCCAAAACAUGCCCAGCACUCAGAUGACGCCGCUGAUGACGGUCAAGCAGCCGCAACCGCAACCGCAAUCGCAGCCGCAGCCGUCCGCGCCGAUCCCAUCGCUGCCUCCGCCGACACCCACCCAGGUGCAAGUGCUGCCCCCACCGCCGGAGACAGUUUCGAUGCCUGCGGCUGUGCCAGCGCCCGCACCAGUAACUGCUCCUGCAACUGUAGCUACUCCUGUUGUCAUACCUGCGCAUAUGCCCCUGCCCAUGCCCAGCCUGCCCCAAGUGCAGCUGCCAGUGCCCAGCCUGCCGCAGGUGCAGCUUCCGCCACCACCCACCCUACAAGCACCAGCUCCACCUGCGCCAGCAUCCACUGCAGCCACUACGAUAGCGCUGCCUGCUGCUCCAUCUGCGCCGCAGAGCUUCACCCACGAAGACGAAACCUAUGCGCUGACCUGGCUAGGCGCCAAUUACGAGCGGGCCGGCAAUGGACACGAUUAUCGCGUGGAGCAACAGGAGCUGUACACCAUUUACCUGUCGCACUGCCAGAAGGCGGGCAAGCAUUCGGUGGUCAACCGGAUGCAGUUUCCGCGUCUCGUGCGCCUCAUCUUCAAUGCAACCGUCGGACCCGCCAUCGUGCGACAGAUGGAUGGAACGGAACUCCCCGGCACACACUAUGUGGGCAUAAGGAUGCGUGCACAGCCCUUGCCCAUGCAGCACCAGCAGCAGCAGCAGAAAGUCGCUGGAAUACCUGCCGCCAUAGCUGCUAAGAAGGAAGCAACUGUGGCGCCCAAGUCAGACCCGUCAAGCGGCGAAUCGGGCGAGGAUGUCCUUGCCUCGCCCACACCCAGCUCCUCGGUCAUUAAGAGCCUGCUGGCGAACAAAGUCAACGAGCGACAGCUGAAGCAAAAGGCGCAGGCGCAGCCGCCCGCUCUAGUGGCCACCACCGCAUCCUCGACUGGCUCGCCGGCCGGACAGCCCAUCAAAGUGACCUCCACGGCAAUCAGCGCGUUCGUCAAUAAUCCGCUGAUGCAGCACACGCCUGUGAAGGUGGGCCAAACCACCAUAAAGCCGCUGCAUCCGCAGCUGCCCAUGGAGAAGAAGCCAAUGGCGGACUCGGCGCCUCCGCCGCUCGCCCCUCUCAGUGGCUCUAACGUGUUGACCAAGGACGCGCAAGGACGCACAGUAAUCAUACAGUCCAAGCGGAAGCUCACCAUCGAUGAGGAGCAGAACAAACGGCUGGCCUUGGAUGGCAGCAACGCGCCCGCUGGGAAGGAUGACCCGCAGGUGACGCCCUCUAAGAAUGCCGCCAAUCUCUAUGCGGACUUGGCUGCCUCUAUACUGGAGGAUGAGGAUCUGGAUGAUGUGCCGCCGUUGGCUGCUUCCAGUCAAGAGCAACAGCCCGCGCCGCAGCAACAACUACAACAGCAACAACAACAACAGCAACAAUUGCAGCUAAUCUCUAAGGUGCACCCGACCCAGCGACAGCUCAUCUUUCCCGCUGGCAAUGCGCCGGCGCCGCCACCACAGCUGAAACUAGCCACGACGGCAACCAUCAAGACGGACCAAGGCCUGCAGACGGUGCCGGUCAUACUGCAGCAGAAGACGGAGCAGCAGCAGCAGCAGCAGCAGCCGACGCAGACGCAGUACGUUCUGGCCACCAAUCAGCAGGGUCAGACCUACUUGGUGGCCCAGCAGUCGGCGCCAGUGGCAGCCUCGCCCAGUGCACCUGGCGCGCCCACUCUGCUGGUUACCCAGACGCCGCAGCAGCAGACGAAGACGAUCAUCAUUCUGCAGCAGCCGCCGGGCGUGAGUGCUAGCAAUGCGCCCGGCACACAGAAGGUGAUCAUGACGACAGCGCAGGGGCAGCAGGUGCUGGUGACAACCACCACAGCGCCAGCGGCGGCGGUGCGUCCUGCCGCCCAGGUCCAGCAGCAACAGCAGCAGCAGCAGCAAAUCUUUAUAAAUCCGCAGCGUGCAGUGUCCGCCGCAUUGGGAGCGGGCCAGAUGUCGCCCUCGCUGCUCUCUCAGCUGAAUCAGAUUCCAGCCACCAUAAAGCUGCAUCAGCCGCAGCCAGCGCAGGCCGCGCAGCUGCAUCGGACCGGCAUAGUAGCCAGCAAGGCGGCGCCCAUACCUCAGCUGCAGCAGCAUCAGUCCAUCAUACAGCAGCACAUCAUCUCGAGUCCCGCAGCCGGCGCGGAGAAGCGGCAGCUGCUCCUCGGCGGCAUCAAGGAAACGACGCUCAUCACCCAGACGCCCGUCACGGCUGCCCCACUGCAGCAGAGCCAGCUUAACUCGCAGACAAUCAUAACCACCCAGCCACCAGUGGGGGCCACCUCAGCCGUGGGCGCUGCCCUGCAGCAGCAACAGCAGCACAUACGCAACGUGCUGGAGCAGCAGCAGCAGCAUCAUCCCUCCAUCAUACAGCAGAAGAUAUCGAUGCCCAUCGCGCUUACGGAUGCGGCCAAGGUGAAGCCAGCUCAGGCUAUACCCAUUGCCAAGAAGCCAGUGCCGCCGCCCACGCCAGCGGCAGCUUCUGCUCAGCAGCAUCCGGUGCAAAUGCCUGUGCUGAAGCCCACUCAGCAGGCGCAGCUGGAGAAGCCGACAUUAGUAGUCGAGUCAAAGCCAGCAGAGCAACCAGCAGUCACAGCUGCGACAGUUGCCAGUCAGCUGCCAUCAGCAGCAGCGGGAACAGUUGUUACCACAGCAACUGCAUCGACCACGAGUGCAGUGACCAAUGCUAGUCCCUCAGCCGCUGCAGCUGUGAGUACUGUGAGCGCUGUGCCCGUGGAUGUGAAUUGGCUGUUCAUUUGCGAUUGGCGCAACUGUCCGCGUCGCAAGUUCAAAUCGCUCAAUGAGCUGCAGCAUCACGUCUGCAAUGUGCACUGUCCGGACCACUUGGACCCAGGCGCCGAGAUCUAUUGCCAGUGGGGCAGUGGCCCCAGCCUGUGCGACAACAUAGCACGUAAGCGCUACUCGCUGAUGACGCACCUCGUCGAUCGUCACUUGGCGCUGGAUGACUUGCGAGCCAGCGUGCAGCGCCGCCUGGCUACGGGUAUUCAUAAUGUGUCGCCUGCCCAGCCAACGGUCACCAUAGUGCGAAAUGUGGGCAGUGCCAACGCACCUGCAGCAGCUACGGCGGCUGCCCCUGCUACUGCAGCCACUGCUGUGGGAACCUCUGCUCUGCAGGCGAUCAAGCGGCACUCGGCUGACUUUCUCAACUCAAAGGAACUGAUGGACGAGAACGAGGGUCCAGUCACGAAGAGCAUACGGCUCACUGCUGCGCUGAUCCUGCGGAAUCUGGUCAAUUACUCAUUGACGGCCAAGCGGAGCCUGAAGCGCUACGAGCCCCAUCUGGCCAAUGUGGCCUUCAGCAAUGUGGAGGCCAGUGCCGUUCUAUCCCACAUACUGCACGAAUUGAGCCAGUAGCUCCACCUCCUCCUUCAUCUAAAUAUCUGUCUAUAUAUAUAAUAUAUAUAUUGUAUAUGCUACACAUAAAUGUAUUUUUCUACACCUUUCGCUGGGCUGCUAAAGAACAUUUUUUAAACAAACAUUUAUACUAACUAACGACACUAUUAAAUGUGAACAAAUUGAGUGAAACAAUGAAAAGU